CGGAAGUGCGCACGUUUAAUUUGAAAACCUUGUUGAGGAAGAGGUGUAGCAGGUUGGUUGCUGUCAACAGAUCUUCAGACGCCACAAAGCUCGUCGGCUGGUCGCUGUAUCUCAACACUGACGGCUGCUGCUCUGUGUUUGUGUGUGUGAGUGUUUCUGAGGUGUGUGUGAUGUCAUCAGAGCUGCUCGUAGAUCUGGGUGAUGAACCUGCCACUGCACAGUUAGGACAGCUGAAGCUGGCCACCAUCGAGGACCAGCAGUGGCCUCCUGAUGAAUCCACGCUCAGCAAGUCAGAAACGGACAUUUCCCAGCAGUUCAAUGCAGGUUCCCCUCACCUGCCCUGGGACCAUCCUUUCUAUGACAUCGCUCGGCAUCAGAUCAUCGAAGUGGCAGGAGAUGAUAACUUUGGCAGGAAGGUGAUCGUGUUUAACGCCUGCAGGAUGCCUCCUCAGCACCAGCUGGACCAUCACAAGCUGCUGAUGUACCUUAAAGGAACCCUGGACCAGUACGUGGAAAGCGACUACACCCUCAUCUACUUCCAUCACGGGCUGACCAGUGAAAACAAACCUUCUCUGGGAUGGCUGCGGGACGCCUACAGAGAGUUUGACAGAAAGUACAAGAAGAACAUCAAGGCUCUGUACAUCGUCCAUCCCACCAUGUUCAUCAAGACUCUGCUGAUCCUCUUCAAACCCAUCAUCAGCUUUAAGUUUGGCAGGAAGAUCAACUAUGUGAGCUACCUGAGUGAGCUGGAGGACGUGGUGAAGUGUGAGCAGCUGGUGAUUCCUGCUCGAGUUAAAGAGUAUGACAACAAACUGAGGGCGUCUCUGAAGCCCACCUCCCAGCCCCCCAUGUCUCCUCCUCGCAGCCCUCCUCUACCUGACCAGGUGUUCGGGGUGCCGCUGCACCUGCUCAGACAGAGGAGUCCAGAUGGAGAUCCAGUUCCUGUGGUGAUGAGGGACACCAUCAGCUUCCUGUCAGAACAAGGUUUGGAGAUCGAGGGGAUCUUCAGACGGUCUGCUAAUGUGACUCUGGUGAAGGACGUCCAGCUCAGGUACAACUCAGGUGGAACGGUGGACUUCAGAGAGAUGGAAGACGUCCACCUGGCUGCUGUGAUCCUGAAGACGUUCCUCAGAGAGCUUCCUGAACCUCUGCUGACCUUCCAGCUCUACAACGACAUCGUCAACUUUGCCUCUGUAUCCAGUGACAACCAGGUGAUGGCCAUGAAGACGCUGGUGGAGUCACUGCCAGAAGAAAACUACGCAUCACUACGAUACCUCAUUACAUUCCUGGCACAGGUAUCAGCCAACAGUGAGGUGAACAAGAUGACCAACAGUAACCUGGCUGUGGUCUUUGGUCCCAACCUGCUCUGGGGGCGGGACAACGCCAUGUCACUCAGUGCCAUUGGGCCAAUCAACAACUUCACCAGAACCCUGCUGGACCAGCAGCACCUCGUCUUCACCUAGUCAACGCCCGCCGCCCUGCCGUCUGAAACACCCUGAGGUCCUCCUUCCCUGCAGCAGUUAGCCUCCAGCUUCUCCUCAGCUUCUCCUCUAGCUCCUGUAGCUCCUCUCAGGAUCUUCAUCAGGUCCUUCUGUCCCAGCAGCCCUCAGACGUCCAGGUUUGUCUGCUUCCCUUCAGACUCUAAAAAAGAUCCAGUGGACCGACUGCAUGUGGUUUUGUCUCCGUUGUUCAGCAGUCUGGGCUGCUGCCAGCUCGUGGUACUCGUUUCCAUUUCCUCAUGAUUUCAGGCAGAAAUGGAUGGAGAAGACACGCUUUAGUCUGCAAGCAAACCCCUCCAAACACCUGAUGGCACAAAAUGAACAGCUCCUCUUCUGGUCCUUUUCCUCCUUUAUCUGCAGUUCAGCCUCUGCUGUGGAAAAGUCUGACUGGAAGCUUCUGUUUGUUCCUUUUUCUUUUUUCCAUUGAAUUCAGCAGCAUUCCAGAAGCUUCCUCCACCUCUUAGCUCCAUGAAGUCCUUCUCUAGCUGCAUGUUGAUGAGUCCAGAUGUCUCAGACCUCAGCUCGGUGGCGGCUAUCGUUUGAUCCUCUGCUGAGACUUUGACGUUCCUUUCUGUCUCUGUUUGUGUGUGAUGUGCUGUUUUUGUUUGUCGUGCCAAAAAACGUGGCCUCCAGCUUUCACAUGUAGGAUUCUGAGCUGCACAGAUGAAGAGGAUGGAGGUUUGUCUCUGUGAAAGACUCAGGUUAACUUGUGAACGGUGAGCUUGGUACCAAACGUUGAGGACAAUCUGUAGUUAAAGUCAGCAGUAGAGUAGAGCUGUUAGACCUGGUUUAGGUUCAGACUGAGGCUCAUCAGGCUGUAACCUACCGUCUUAUGUCCUCUAUAUGACUCUAUCUGGCUUUAAUGUAUCGUUAAUAAUUAUACUUCAUCUCUGUAUCGUAGUAGACUCAUUUCUACGUCCAUCAGGCGUCCGUCUGCAGCUCAUCCUGGUGGUUCAGACAAACAGCUGAUAGAACAUGGAUGUUUUCACCCUCAGUUCCUCCACAGGACUUUAUUUACCUCAGUGGCAGAAAGAACCAAGUCUUUAUUGUGAAUUUUUCUUUGAACUAAACUGCUCCUCCUCGUGUUUUUGUCUUAAGUUUAAAUCUUUUUCCAAAGCACUACUUCCUUCAGUCCACCGCUUCAUCUUCACUUUUUAAUCACUACCUGCUUUCAGAUCGUGUUGUUUAUUGUCCACCAGUUCAUUAUUCUUUAGGUAAAGUUCCUCAGAACCACAUGUUAGUUUUUAUGGUAACUUUAGUGUAUUUAAUAAAGCAAACUUUUCCCUCCCUACGAUGAAUAACUGCCCAGUUUCAGGCCCUUAAAGUACAGCGCUGUGGCUUUUUAAAUCCCUGUAGCUUCAUAAGGAAAAUAAAUAACCAGAUGUGUCAGAAUAUUCCACUGUUAGAAACUUUGUGGUCAGAAGAAGAGCCUGCUGUUAAAAUGUAGUGAAAGUUCUCUCAGCUGAAGAUAAAACCCUUAAACAUUUACCCACAAUACAUUUUUUAAAAAUAGUUUUCUUCAGUGAAUUAUCAGUAAACGGAUCCAGUGCAGGGUUGCCGUGGAAACAGUUCCAUCCCAUAGUUUUGAUGAUCACAGCCGGUAACAGAAACUCUGUUAAACUAAAUCCAGACUGAGGCUUUAGGCUGGUGGAGAUGAAGUUCUUGUUCUGUCUGUGUGAAGCUCUGAGGCCUCAGAGAUGCUGCAAAAGUUCAAGCAGAUUAAAAACCACCAGAUUUCCUCCCAAAACUACUGAAAGAACCUGGAGCUGAAAAGAAUCAGUGUGAAGGAGAGACUCCACAUGGCUUUACUAAAUAUACUGAAGUUACCAGAAUCAGCUGAUUGUGAGGAGGUCAGGAACCUUCUGCCUUUUGUUUGGUUUUAGGAGAACUUUAUCCUCCUUUCUCGUAUUGGUGGACCUCAGACUCUGCAGACUGAAUCCUUCCUUCUGGUGUGUAGCUCUGAGUUGUUGUAGAACAUCACCUCUGUGAACAUUCAGCUUCUUAUUUAUUCUGAUUCCUCCCUUUUAGAACACAGAGCAUCCAUUUAAUAAGUGUCUGAACCUGUUGUGACUUUAUUUCUGUCUUGUUGCCUUAUAUUUCCGUUGAUGCUGUGUCUCUGAUGGAGUUUGUCCAAGUUGUGUGAUGGUUGUGUUGGUUCCGUUCGGUUAGCAGAAGAUAAGAUGAGAUCAUCCACAAUCACACAGGAGCUUUUACCGCUGUUUUAGAAGCAGACAUCCUGAGUGGAUAUGUGGAUGUUCAGCACCUUUAAAUGCUCCUCAUUCAUCUAGUCAGUGAGUUCACUGCUUCAGAGCGCCCCCUGCUGGCCGGUCAGGAUCAUGGCCUGUAUAAUAAUAAUAAUAAUUCUGAUCUGAAUCCAGUCUUCUCUGACCACCAUGUCUGUGAGAUAUUUAUCUGAAUCUGUGCAGGUGUGAAGCAGCAGGACGGUGGAGAACGUAGCAGGAGAUGAAUUAUCCAUUCGGUCGUAACCAUCUGCUGCUUUUCCCAGCAGUGGAUGAACCUCGGUGCUGUAAUUCAGGUACAGGAACCACUGGUAGAGAAAACUCUGAACGUCUCCAGAAGACUCGACCUGACAACAGGAAAGACGACUUUGACCUGUGAUCUGAAGUUAUUUCCUACGUUAAAUCAAGUCUUUCUUUGUUGUUGAGCGUCAUCAUGUGUCCUCAGUCUGUUUAGAUCUCCUAAAUCUACCGUUCUGACAUUCUGAACUGUUUCUGUAGAUUAGAAAAUGUUUGAGUUCAGCUUUACGGCGACGCAUAAUGUCAGAGGUAAAGUCAGUGCAGUGUUAGGAUGUUAGUGAUUGAUUAUUGGUUGCUGUUAAUAAUUUAACUAAAUUCAGCGUGCGUGUGGGAAAGUGUGGCUGUUUGAUGGGAUGGAAGCAGACAGAGUACAUUCAGUUCUGUGCUGGUAAACAGAGAGCAUUCUGGGAGUUUACCGAGCAAUGGGACACCAUGACAGAUUUGUGUGGAGAUUAAAGACUUCUGGUCAGAACUGAUGAGUGUAAAUGAGAUGGGGUCUGCUGGGAGGAAGUGACUGAACCUGUCAUCUCUACUGUGCUGCUUUUAGCUGAAGCUUUAAAUUCACAUCCUGGAGACAUGCAGGACUUUGAUGAAUUUGUUAAAACGUGGAUUCAUGUGGGAUCUUUAAUAACCUCCAUCAACCCAAAGAGUAAACACUGAACUCUUUAUUUUCCUGAUAACAUAAACUGGUCAGCAGCAGGAUGGAACAUGAAGGUCUGUCUGUCCAAAACUAAGACUUUGACUUGAAUUGUGAUUUAGAAAAGCAGCACCUUGAUCCUGUACUGAGUGAAAGUUCCUCUGAGCAGAGGGUUGUAACUUCCUCUGACUCAGGUAAAGUGGACAAAACAUGAUCACUACCACAGUUUAGACGACUUAUCUGGACCCAGACAGCUGGAACAGCUGGAUUCAGGUCCAGAGGUUAAACUUUGUGGCAGCUAGGAGACCAGUGAUGGUGGAAGGUUUCUCUGUCCUCGUUGUUGAAGUCUCGUGUAGACCCAAAAUAGCUCCACCGUUGCCCAACACUAACGUUCUGGACGAGGCUCUGAAUGUCAGUCAGAAGAUCUGUCCAGACAGAACAGAUGCUGAAGCUUCCUGCUACGUUUUUCCAACAUGUCGUCCUGUUCUUCUCCUUUAUCAUCCAUCGAUUAGUACUAAGUCCCGGGGCAAACUGUGUUUCAGUGGAGCUUUAUUUUUGUAUCUUCUUCUCAUUUCCUGCCGUCUGUGUCUAACUUCAACUCAUCCAAAGUGUUUUAUUCUACGUCAGAGGAAAACGGUCCUCCUGUGUGGAGCAGCUCCGAGUAUUUAGGCUUUCCUUCGUGACGAAAUGUGAGGUGUAACGAACCGUCCCGUCUCCUCCUGUAGUCAUUUUAUCUCCUGGAAAAAACUGUGCUGUUAAACUAGUCGUCCUUUCAUUUGUCGAUGGCCAAAACACUAGCCGUGGAUAAAUAUUAGUGUUGUACUGUCUGGAAUUCUGAAUAUGAUGUGACUGAAAAAAAAAAAAAACACACCAAAAGAUGAGAAAUUUAGUUUGACUGAAGCGGAAAGCAAAAACAAAAAAAGACCUUUUCAAGUGUUUACCUGUUGUAGCUCCAGUCAUGUUAGCGCUGCAGUGGUUAGCAUGCUAAUAGUGUAAUUAUUAACAUGUUAACAUGCUAAUAGUGUAAAUAUUAACAUGUUAACAUGCUAAUAGUGUAAAUAUUUACACAUUAGAAUGCUGAUAGUGUCAAUAUUAACACGUUAGCAUGCUAAUAGUGUAAAUAUUAACAUGUUGACAUGCUAAUAGUGUAAAUAUUAACAGGUUAGCAUGUUAAUAGUGUAAAUAUUAACAUGUUAACAUGCUAAUAGUCUAAAUAAUAACACGUUAGCAUGCUAUUAGUGUAAAUAUUAACACGUUAGCAUGCUAAUAGUGUAAAUAUUAACAGGUUAGCAUGCUAAUAGUGUAAAUAUUAACAUGUUAACAUGCUAAUAGUCUAAAUAUUAACACGUUAGCAUGCUAUUAGUGUAAAUAUUAACACGUUAGCAUGCUAAUAGUGUAAAUAUUAACAGGUUAGCAUGCUAAUAGUGUAAAUAUUAACAUGUUAACAUGCUAAUAGUCUAAAUAUUAACACGCUGAUAGUGUAAAUAUGAGUGUUGGUGUGAAACUAACUCAGCUCCACUCAGCAUAUUUUAACAAACAAAUAUGUUGAACUGUUGGGUUUUAAAUACAUAUAAAAUAAAGAAGCAAAAAAUAAAGAACUAGGGCCCUGUUAGUUGAGGUGUGUGUGUGUGUGUAUAUGUGUGUGCGUGCGUGCGUGCAUGCUCGUGCCUUAUCUGUUUCCCCAGUGAUCGUGUGAUUCUCCAUCGGUGCCCGUUCUUCCAUAGAUUAACUCCUACAGGUGCGUUCAGCAGCGUCCAGGUGUUCUCCUUCGUCUGCUGAGCUCAUCUCUCCUGUAAUUAAUGAUCACAGGCUUGAGAAUUUAAUGAAUUCAAAUAAUAAUAAAGUUAAUAAAUACUGAGAAGGAUUACAGCUUUGUUCAUUCGUGUAAUUAAAUGUAUUAAUGUGAGAUGAAAACCUGAAACAAAGCUUUUGAAGUCUGAUUUUCUUCUCAGAAAACUCGUCUUUGUGUUUUCAGUAUAAUUCACUACAGCUACAAUCAACAGAGAUAUAAAUAUAAUAUAAAAAUGUUGCACAUCCAAAUCUUCAUUUUAUUAUUUUCUGUCUGUAAUUUUUACAGUAAUUUCAACCAUUUCAGUGUAUUUAACUCCUCAACUCUGCUGAUCGAUUACAGCUCCUCUAAUCUAUGGAUCUUUGUACUGUAACUGUUGUCAUGGUGACAGUGAACUAUGUUUCUCCGUGGGAGAAAUGAUUUGGUUUUCAGGCUGAUUUAUUGAUACCUAGUGAUCUUAUUUUCUUAACUCUUUCUUCAUCCUUUACUUUUGAUAUGUUGUAGAUCUUAGUCUUAUCAUGUAUGAUCUAAAGGUAAUAAACUGUAAUAUCAAUGUGUGCAAACAAUAAACAAAUGGUGAAUGAAA